AUGGAUGCUGUGGGUUCGGGUCUCUAUCCGUGUUUUCUGUGUAACAAACAAAUAAACAUUCCAAGAGAUUUUCCUUGUCAACACACCUUUUGUGAACCGUGCAUUCAAAAAUUAAUAGAGAAAUCGGAGGCUGGCGAAUAUCGAACAUUGGAGUGUCCAGUGUGUUUAGAUGAAUUUACCAUUUCCUCAAAGGACUUGUCCCUACAAGAUUUAGUUGAAUUAUUUCCGAUAAAUAAUCUGGUCGAAAAUUUGAUUUGUUCUGGAGAUGGGAACAAAGCUCGGAAGAGUUGCGACCCCUGCCGUGUGGUCAACGAGAAGAAAGAGGCUAUUUUCCACUGCAGAACAUGCCGACAGAGCAUGUGUGAGAUGUGCUACAAAUACCUACAUCGGAGAAUCUUGGAUCAGGACUUUCAUCAGGUUUCAUCAGUAAACGAUUAUUUUGAGUCAUUUCAAAUUGAAGUAAACGAACGCUGUCCAGUCCACCCUAAGAAACAACUGGAAUUAUACUGUCAUGACCACGAUAAGCCCUGCUGUAACCUUUGUAUGUCCGACAAACACAAAACUUGUCUUAAAGUGGGAACACUCGACCAGUUAUUUGAAACAAGAGUAAAACAUAAAAGUAUUGAAUUGGCUAUCUUAAAAAUAUUACUUAACAGUAUCAGAGAGAAAACCACUGCAGCCAUUGAUACUUUGCAUGAAAAGGAAAAAACAGAGGUAUUUAGACGAAUGGAGAAAAGAGUAUCGACUUUUGUCUCGGCGGUACAGGAGACAUUAAAAAAACUGCAUAAAAAUUAUGAGACACAUCAGAAAUGUAUCAAAGUUUCAGAUGGAACCUUACUUAGCAGUAUUAAGGCCAAACUUACAGGAUUUCGACGUUUACUUUAUGAAAUGAAGUAUAUCAUUCAAAUGGUGGAUCAAGUUGGGAGCAAACAAAGUUUUGUAGCCGCGGCUAAAUUUAAGCAGCAGCUUGCUCUGUACUUCCGCAAAAUUCAGAAAUUGUCAGAGCUGAGAACUGAACACACCCUUCAAAUUAACUCUCAAAUUCAGGAAUUGGAAAAUGUAGAGUCUGUCGCAGAGCUAGAAGAAAACGUACUAGACACCUUACUAACAUCAGAAAUCCACAAGCAUGUUCAGCUUUUUGCGGAGUACGUUGACGUUGGGUUAGAGGACAUAACAUGCCCGUCUUCGGAUAUUGUCCCAAAGAAAAGAGCCAAUUUUACUUAUGAAACGGAAGAAUACAUCGACAUCUAUGACGGAGUCGUUCUCUCAUCUGGAAGGAUCUUUCUAAUCAAUCGCACCUGUUACAGUACAGGUGUGUUGCUUGAAGUAAACAAAAACGCGGAAUUCACAGAGCUUCACAGAUUUCGGGAUCCUCCCACAACAAUAUGCGUCGACUCAAUGGAGAAGAAUAUAGCUGUUAGUAUGAAACAGAAGCUGUACAAAUUCUCCAUUUAUCCCACUCUUAAGUUAACCAGAGAAAUAGAAACGAGCAUGCCCAUCAGAUGUAUGUAUUUUUUCAAUGAAAUUUUUUUGUGCAGCAAUGGAUCUGAUAUAGCCGUAAUGAACAGAAAUGGCGAUAUUGUGAGAAAACUGCCCGGAUCAUGCAGUGAGAACGGGCGAUUUGCGCUAUCCCAUGAUCUUAGUAGAAUAUACUGUAUUAGAAAGAACAUGAUUCUAUGCAGCGAGAUAGACGGAAGUGUUGUGUUUAUACGGAAAACAGACUUCAUCGAUUGGGAAAGAGUUUCCAUACAAGAUAUCUCUUUGGAUGGCCAUGGAAACUUGUAUGUAUGUGCAGGGAAAAACAUCAUACAGAUCUCGAAAGAUGGGGAUAAAGCGCGCACCUUGAUUGACUUUACAACUAAAGAAAAUAAAGUUAAGAAAAGGGAUUCGGAAUCCGAUGAAGAAGAAUCGGAGUCCGAUGACGGAUCUGAUCGCGUGGAGAGAAAAAUUUCUUUUGACAAGACUGGUAAGAGGUUCCUCCUUUGCUCUCAUUCGGAGACAGUAGAUCUGUAUGAAAUAAUGUAUGAAUGA